CAAUUACAAUCACAUAACACAUAUAUACAAUGAGUGGCUACGAUAGUGCUUUAUCCAUCUUCAGUCCUGACGGUCACGUUUUCCAGGUUGAAUACGCCGGCGAGGCCGUCAAAAGAGGGACCUGUGCCGUGGGUGUGAAGGGCCACUCGGUGGUGGUUCUUGGCUGCGAAAAGAGAACCACACUCAAGCUCCAGGAUCCCCGGAUCACCCCCUCCAAGAUCUGUCCGAUCGACAAGCACGUACUCCUUGCGUUUGCGGGGUUGAACGCGGAUGCACGUAUUCUCAUUGACAAGGCGCGUGUGGAGGCGCAAUCGCACCGUUUAACGUUGGAGGAUCCUGUCAGCGUUGACUACUUGACCAGAUACGUCGCGGGGGUGCAGCAGAAGUACACCCAAUCCGGUGGUGUGAGACCGUUCGGGAUUGCGACCCUCAUUGCGGGCUUCGAUCCUAACGAUGCCACUCCUAAGUUGUACCAGACAGAGCCGUCUGGGAUCUUCAAUGCCUGGAAGGCCAACGCCAUCGGGCGCUCUUCCAAGACGGUGCGUGAGUUUUUGGAAAAGAACUACGAUGCUGUCAUGGACGCCGAGGCUACCGAGGAGGUUAACGAGCAGGCCACCGUCAAGUUGACCGUCAAGGCUUUGUUGGAAGUUGUUCAGACCGGGGCCAAGAACAUUGAGAUUUGUGUGGUCAAGCCAAAAGGCCUUGUUCAGUACUUGUCCGUCGAGGAAAUCCAGGUGUUUGUUGACGAAUUAGAGGCUGAGAAGCAGGCUGAGGCUGAAAAGAAGAAGAAGGGGAAGAAGACCGAGGAAUGA